AUGGCCGAGUUUGUUGGCAUGGUGCUAGAGGCCUGUCCAGUAGACCUGGAGCAGGUUGCACAGGCCACGCAGGACGACUCUAUUCUACAUAGUAUUCUGCAACGAGUGCUGACGUCCAGAUGGGAGGCUGUGAGUGCAAGUGAAGAGGCAUACUUCAUCGUACGCGAUCAGCUCUCAGCCUCAGAAGGUGUCGUGCUUUUCAACGCAAGAGUGGUCAUCCCGGAAGCGCUUCGCACUGCAGUUAUGGCGUUGGCACAUGAGGGGCACCCAGGUCGAGCUGCAUUCCUGGAAUCUCUCCGACGUCGAGUUUGGUGGCCCGGUGUCACAAAAGAUGCCACAUUGUACGCCGAGCGCUGCUCGGAGUGCUAUAGGAAACAUAGCAACUCGCAUCAGGAGCUUCUCCCUUCUGAGAUUGAAGGUGUAUGGGAGAAGCUCGCAGUAGACCUGGUGAAUGUGGAAGGACAUCAACUGCUUUCCAUCAUUGACUAUGGCUCGCGCUACCCGGAGGUGAUCCUACUGCAAAGCACGUCAACCACCAGCGUUGUGAGUGCAUUAAUGGAGACGUUCGCAAGGUUCGGCUUGCCAGCACAACUGGUCUCGGACAAUGGUCCCCAGUUUGCUGGCAGAGAGAUGGCAACGUUCCUCCAACGCCUAGGGAUCCGUCACGUUAAAUCGAGCCCACGCUACGCUCGGUCUAAUGGCAUGGUUGAGCGUUUUCAUCGCUUACUGAAGGAGCGGAUGGCAGGGCUUAAACCACAUUUACCGUUCAGCCGACGCCUGCAGCAAGUAUUGUUCGACGUCCGUAACAGCAACAACCGAAUGAUUGGGAUGGCGCCAAAUGAGGCGCUGUUCAGUAGAUUGGUUCGCACGAGGCUCCCCGCGUCAAUUACUCCGACGAUUGUCAAUCCGCCCCACCAAAUCCAAGCCAAGGCAGACAUGGCCACGCAGCAUGACGCUCGCCGAGGAGUGCGAGCGCUUCCUUCAAUGAAGCCGGGCACUAAAGUUAUAGUGCAGGAUGGUUACUGCAACCCAAGACAAACUUGGAAAGUCGUCGAGCAGUACGGACGACAGGUUGGAAUCACGGAUGGACGCAGAAUACUCUUGCGGAAUCGUGUUCACUUACGUGAAGUGGUCCGGCCGGGAUGCCAGGUGCAGCCAGAGGUAACACUGCAGGAGCGACAUCUGCGGCAGCCGAGCAUUCCUCACCCAGAUCGGCCACCUGCAAGUAUGCCACAGACGAGACGACAGGAGGAGCCUAAGUCAACUGGACACCCUGUGCAGCCCGGUCCUGUUCAUUCAGAAGCAGGUCCGACCGGAGUCGCCAGUGGAAGUACACCAGCCCCAGAUGCAUUACCAGCGCGACCGGAUGACCCUCCGGAGAACCAUGCGAUGAUGUGUCCGGCAGGGGGCUACCCCAUGGCACGACAUAACGAGAUCCGGGACUUGUUGGCUGACGUGAUGCGUGAGGCGGUCCGGGAUGUGGAGGUAGAACCGCCUCUACUACCGUAUGAUGUUUCCUAA